ACAGUGUGUGUCGGCCUUGCGAGCGGUGAGCGCCACCAAAGUCAAAGAAACCCACGCUGCAACUUGCUAGUAACGAAUUCCAUUGCGUGUGCUUCCCGUCCUCCUCUCCUCCCCCCACCUCCGCCCCGCUCCUCCGCCCACGCCAAAUCCACCGCCGAUCCGCCGUCAUGGACCGCAGCACCAGCAGCAAUAGCAGCGGCGGCGGCCACAACCAGCACCUCGGCGUCAACAAGCUCGGCCGGAACAUCCGCAAGGCCACGCCGCCGCCCCCUCCCCAGCAGCAGCAGCAGCAGGCCCAGCCCGCCCGCCCGCCGCACCCGCAGCCGCAGGUCUACAACAUCAGCAAGAACCACUUCCGCGACAUGGUCCAGCAGCUCACCGCCGGCACCCCCUCCCCUCCACCUCCCCACCACGCGCACCGCCCGCCGCCCCCUCUCCAGCAGCAACAGCUGCAUCAACAUCCCAAGCCCGCCUCCAUGCGCCUGCAGAAGAUCCGCCCGCCCCCGAUCGCCACGCCCGUCGCGCGGCCCCCUCCCGUCCACAACCACAACCACCACCAGAUGCCCAACCCUAGCCACAACCCGGCCUUCCACCGCCCGCCGCCGCCGCACCACAUGCCCAUGCCCCCGCCGGGCCCGGCCUGGGCCGACUCCCCGGUCUCCGCCUACAUGCGCAUCCUCGAGAACUCCCUCUUCAGCGCCACGCCCCCAGGCGCCGCCGCGGCGGCCGCCGCCGCCGCGCACGCUCACGCCGCGGCCGCCGCUGGCGGCCGGGGCCCUCCGCAGCACCAGCACCCGUACCCCCCGCCGCCGCCGCCGGUGCCGUCGCCCGGGAUCCUCCCUUCCCCCACCGGGUUCCUCAACCUGCUCUCGCCCACGCCCAGGUCUCCCUACCCGCUCCUCUCGCCGGGGUACCAGCAGCCCUCGCCCAACUUCCCCUUGCUGUCGCCGCUGCCGGGGACAGGGAUCCUGGGGCCUGGGCCCAUGCCGCCGCCUUCGCCCGGGCUGUGGUUCCCGCAGUCGCCGUCGGGCCUGCUCUCGCCGUCCGGGUUCUUCCCCAUGCUCAGCCCUCGGUGGAGAGAUAUGUAGCUUGGAUCUGCAGCCGCCCUGUGAAGCAGGCGGCCGUGUAACAUUUGACGCUAGGGAGGUAGCGACGGUGAUGCCAAUGGGUUCGUCGGCAGGAGGUGGAAGGAAACAGGUGGGUUCGAGCUCUCGACACAAUUAUCUGCUGCUGGCACCAUGAGCAUCAACCUGUAAGGCUUCGGUAAAGGCUGUUGGUUGCAUAUUUGUAAUUGUAUAACUGGGGAAAAUUUCCAUUUAUUCACUUUCUUAGAUGCAAAAAGGAGGUCAGGACAGGAUGAACUGGGAAUGUCGUAGUUUAGAUUCUUGAGUGGAUAGGUUUGAAACAUGUAAUUGUAAUUUUAGUUCCAGAAG